AGUGUAGGACUUUUAACGUCGCUUCCUUCAGACCGAUGUGGAAAUUUGACAACACGGAAGUGUCAAAAUGGCUCCGACUGGACUCAAAGCGGUGGUGGGAGAAAAAAUCCUCAAUGGAGUCCUGAAGAGUGUGAAGAAAGAUGGGGAGUGGAAGGUACUUAUUGUGGAUCACAUGAGCAUGCGGAUUCUGUCCUCAUGCUGUAAGAUGUCUGACAUCAUGGCUGAAGGUGUUACUAUCGUGGAGGACAUUAGCAAGCGGAGAGAGCCCAUCUCUAGUCUGGAGGCCAUCUACCUUAUUUCUCCUGUGCCAAAGUCAGUUCAGGCUCUGAUCAGCGAUUUCAAAGACUCUGCUUUCACGUACAAGGCUGCACAUAUCUUCUUCACCGACACUUGUCCAGACGGACUUUUUGCCGAAAUCGGGAGGUCCAGAGUCUCAAAAGUCACCAAGACGCUGAAGGAAAUCAACGUCGCUUUCUUACCGUACGAAUCCCAGGUGUUUAUUAUGGACGAUCCCAGUUUGCUGCACUCUUUCUACAGCCCCACUAGGACGAACAUGGACGAGCAGUCCAAAAUGAUGGAGGUGGUGGCCGAGCAGAUCGCCACGCUGUGCGACACGCUGAAAGAAUAUCCGGCCAUCCGUUACCGCCAGGGUCCGAAGGAGAAUUUUGCGCUGGCUGAGAUGGUGCUGGACCGAUUAAACGCACACAAAGCCGACAACCCGAGCAUGGGAGAGGGCACAGAUAAAGCUCGCUCCCAGCUGCUGAUCGUGGACCGUGGCUAUGAUCCCAUCUCUCCCAUCCUGCAUGAGCUCACGUUUCAGGCUAUGGUUUACGACAUGCUGGACGUCGAUCAGGAUAUCUACAAGUACGAAACAACGGGGCUCGGGGACAACAAGAUGAAGGAGGUUCUGCUAGACGAGGACGAUGAGCUGUGGGUGCAGCUCAGACACAUGCAUAUUGCAGAUGUCUCCAAGAAAGUGACUGAGCUGCUGCGUACCUUCUGUGAAAGUAAGAGGAUGAACACAGACAAGGCCAAUCUGAAAGAUCUAUCUCAGAUGCUGAAGAAGAUGCCACAGUACCAGAAAGAGCUGAGUCUGUACUCCACUCAUCUGAACCUGGCUGACGCCUGCAUGAAGAAAUUCAAAUCCUCUCUGGAUAAACUGUGUGAAGUGGAGCAGGAUUUGGCCAUGGGCUCCAACGCAGAGGGUGAGCCACUUAAAGACGCCAUGAAGAGCAUCGUUCCUGUCCUGCUGAACACGGAGAUUCAACCCUACGAUAAAAUCCGCAUCAUCCUGCUGUACAUCUUUUACAAGAAAAAGGGCAUCGCUGAAGAGAACCUGACAAAGCUCAUCCAGCAUGCUAACGUCCAGGAGAACAGCACCAUUAUCACCAACCUGCAGCACCUCGGCUGCCCCAUCAUCACCGGGGGUGCUAAUGCUGGGAAAUCUCUGCCAGAGAGGAAAGAGCGGAUCGGAGACACAUACCAGCUCUCCCGCUGGACCCCCGUCCUCAAAGACGUCAUGGAGAACAUCAUCGAGGACAAGCUGGACAGGAAGCAGUGGCCGUUCCUCUCAGAUCCUGCGCCCAUCAGUACCCAACAGACCGUAGUGAGCAGCGCACGGUUCGGACACUGGCACAAGAACAAGGCAACGACGGAGUACCGCAGCGGCCCCCGGCUCAUCGUCUUUGUGAUCGGAGGAGUCACACACUCAGAGAUGCGCUCGGCUUAUGAGGUCACCCGCGGCACUGAUGGCAAAUGGGAGGUCCUGAUUGGUUCAUCCCACAUCCUGACUCCAUCCAGUUUUCUGAAUGAUUUGAAGACCCUGGAGCAGCCUGCACACGUCUCCACUUAACAUCACAGCCUCCGAGCCUCUGAACCCCCACAGACGUGCCGUUACAUGUGUCCGAUUUUCUGUUUAAUCCUGAGCAGUAAUCUGAUGAUUCACUGCCUUUUAAGGUUUCUUUAGAACAGUGUAUAUAUAUAUAUGCGUAUAUGUUUGUGGUAUUUAAAUAAUUUAAAAUGACCGUGACAAAUGACAUGAAGAUGCUGGAUAUGGAAACAGAGACGUGUGAAGUCUCUCUGAUCUGCAGACGUGUGCUUCCUACUGUCAGCUGGUACAGGCACUGAGGUGGAGAAAAGCUUCAAACACACACACACACACACACACACACACAGGAUUACUGAAAAACAGUUUGUAGCUUAUAGACCGCCUCUGAUCAUUUCUUGUUUUAUUCUUAUUUUAUCAUUACAGUAUGCUCAGCUAAAGCAUCUGCACUUUUAAUUCUCUCUCUCUCUUUCUCUCUGUUUACUUUUAGCUGAUAGGUGAAGGCUAAAAACCACUGUAUAAUAUGAUGAGUGUAUAAUAUCAAUAAUAAGAACAUGCUACAUAUUAAUUUUCUUUCUUUGUUCUCAGUUCCUGCCACCUAGAUAGUGAAGCAUUUUUCCUUAUCAAUGUUUUAUGUCAUUUUUUUUUUUUUCUGAUUCUAAACUGGUGCAUCAUUUUCUUUCCUUUCUUUUUUACUUUCUUUCAUGUUAUAACGAGUCGUUUACUUGGGUUUUUGUUUUUGGUUUUUUUUUUUCUUUCAUCUUCAUGCUUUGGAUAAAAACUAAAUAAACUCUUUAUUCAAAUCA